CGUCCCUGCGGUGGCUCGGCCUUCUCUGCUCUGAGAAGAGGAAGCCGGAGGCUUCGGGAGCGGGAAGUGGUCCAGAAACUGCUCAGGUGUGGAUGUAGGUGGUUGAGCAACAGACAUUCCUGCCUUCUUGAUUCUUCACGAAGAAACAGCUCUCUGCAGUGCAUCUGAGAAGCAGCAGACAACCCAAAUUCUUGAGUCCCUGCCACCAUGAGGGAGACUUGGAUGGAGUUCCAGAUCCGAGCUUUGAUCUGACCCAGUCCCAGCCAUUGUGACCAUUUGGCUUUAAGGUGAUUGACGAGGACAGAGUCCCUAAGCUGCAAAGAGACUGAAUUUUGGAAACUACGUCCAGAACUCCACAGUGUGUAUUUAGGUGCUCUUCCCUCAGGCCUGCAGGUGGACAGCAAGAGCAACAGUGAUGAUAGCAUUUGAAGACCUGGCUGUGUUCUUUACCUGGGAGGAAUGGCAGAACAUGAACCAAGCUCAGAAAAUCCUGUACAGGGAUGUGAUGCUGGAGACCUACAGCAGCCUGUUCUCCCUGGGGUACUGCAUGACCAAACCUGACUUGAUCUUCAAGUUGGAGCAAGGAGCAGAGCCCUGGAUGGGGGAAGAAUGCCUACAUCAGAGCCUUCCAGGUCAGUCUGCACAUAACGGGCAGGGAGGCCAAAGUAGAAGCAGUGCAGCAGAUAUUGACUGGUGUUCUUUCCAUGAUUUUUUCCCAAGUCUUACUCCUGAAGACAGCUGGUCUUGUGAUUCAGACACAGACAUUCUACAGUAUCUAUGGAGAUCAGUAUCUCUGGUAAAGGCAAAGGAAAUGAAGUUUUAUGUGAAAAUCAACAACUGAUGAAAAACCUCCAGAAACUCAAAUUAUCACAGAGGAGUGUUUACAGAAAGAAACAAGAGGAGUUGCCAUGAAACUGGAUGAACUGAUUAAGACCAACCAGAAAAGUCUGGAGAAAAAUCUGAAUCAGAAUGUUAUGAAAAAUAAUAACACAUUAACUCCCAAGAGAGUUGAAUUCAGAAAAACACUUAAUUUAAGUAUAAGCCAUAUUCCAAAACUGAGUAUCAAAAAGAGAAACUAUUCAGGAAUAAAACCUGAAGAAUGUAGUAUAUGUCAGAAUGUGUAUCCCCAUUGUGGGCCUGAUCAGCUACAAGCUGGAGAGAAAUUUGAUGCUACUACGGUACCUGGGAACACUCUCCAGUUCUGUGAGCCUCUUAAUCAACAGCACAAAAUUCAGACCAUGGAGCAGGCACUUGAACAAAUUGGACAAGGGAAAGUCUUCAAAAGGAAGAAUAUAUUCUAUGAAUCUGAGAAGCUUUUUAUGGUAGAAACCUGUAAUAAGCCAACUGCCACUAUUGGCAAGACAACUCAAAUACUACAAGAUUUCCAUAAAAAGUCUAACCUCAGUAUACAUCAACAAAGUCCCAAAAGAGAGAACGUUUAUAAAUAUAUUGGGCCUGUGGAACCUGUCAUUUACCAAUCAUAUGUUAGAAUGAAUCAUAGACCAAAUAUAGAGAAGAAAUCCUAUGCAUGUAAAACUUGUGGGAAGUCAUUCAGUAAUAAAUUCUGCCAUCCCCUCCAUCACAGCACUCAUAUAGUGGAAAACCCUCAUGUGUGUAAUGAUUGUAGAGAAACCACUCACCAGAAGUCAGCUCUCAUUAGACAUCAGAGAAUUCACACAAGGUUGAAAUCUUAUAAAUGUAAUGACUGUGGGAAGUUCUUUGGCCAGAAGAAAUACCUCAUACAUCAUCAGAGAAUUCACACAGGGGAGAAACCUUAUGAAUGCAAUGACUGUGGAAAAGCCUUUGGCCAGAAGUCAAACCUCAUAAAUCAUCAGAGAAGUCACACAGGGGAUAAGCCUUAUGAAUGCAAUGACUGUGGAAAAGCCUUUGGCCGGAAGUCAAUCCUCAUAAAUCAUCAGAGAAGUCACACAGGGGAGAGGCCUUAUGAGUGCAAUGACUGUGGAAAAGCCUUUGGCCAGAAGUCACACCUCAGAAAGCAUCAGAGAAGUCACACAGGGGAUAAGCCUUAUGAGUGCAAUGACUGUGGAAAAGCCUUUGGCCAGAAGUCAAACCUCAGAAAGCAUCAGAGAAGUCACACAGGGGAGAAGCCUUAUGAAUGCAAUGACUGUGGAAAAGCCUUUGGCCGGAAGUCAAUCCUCAUAAUUCAUCAGAGAAGUCACACAGGGGAGAGGCCUUAUGAGUGCAAUGACUGUGGAAAAGCCUUUGGCCAGAAGUCACAUCUCAGAAAGCAUCAGAGAAGUCACACAGGGGAUAAGCCUUAUGAGUGCAAUGACUGUGGAAAAGCCUUUGGCCGGAAGUCACACCUCAGAAAGCAUCAGAGAAGUCACACAGGGGAGAAGCCUUAUGAAUGCAAUGACUGUGGAAAAGCCUUUGGCCAGAAGAUAAACCUCAUAAAUCAUCAGAGAAUUCACACAGGGGAGAAACCUUAUGAAUGCAAUGACUGUGGAAAUGCCUUUAGCCAGAAAUCAGCACUCACAAAUCAUCAGAGAAUUCACACAGGGGAGAAACCUUAUGAAUGCAGUGACUGUGGGAAAAUCUUUGGCCAGAAGUCAAACCUCAAAACGCAUCAGAGAAUUCACACAGGGGAGAAACCUUAUGAAUGCAGUGACUGUGGGAAAACCUUUGGCCAGAAGAUAAACCUCAUAAAUCAUCAGAGAAUUCACACACGGGAUAAGCCUUAUGAAUGCAAUGACUGUGGAAAAACCUUUGGCCAGAAGCCACACCUCAAAAUGCAUCAGAGAAUUCACACAGGGGAUAAGCCUUAUGAAUGCAAUGACUGUGGAAAAACCUUUGGCCAGAAGUCACAACUCAAAAUGCAUCAGAGAAGUCACACCAUGGAGAAAGCUUAUAAAUGAAAUGACUGUGGAAAAGCCUUUGGUCCCAUCCUUGCAUACCAAGGAUAAAUCCCACUUGGUCUGGGUGGAUGAUCUUUCUGAUGCAUUGUUAGAUUCAGUUGGCCAGAAUUUUGUUGCGGAUCUUUGCAUGUAUGUUCACCAGGGAAAUUGGUCUAUAAUUACUUUCUCUGUUGUAUUUUUUUCAGGUUUAGGAAUGAAGGUGAUGCUGGCUUCAUAGAAAGAAUU